UCAUCAGAAAGAGAACGCUAGUCGGUGAGUGUUGUGUAGCCGCUUAGCUCUUAGUUUUAAUUACUCAACUAACCGUUUCGGUGUCGCUACGCUAUUUUAUAAUCUCUUAAAUCUUUCGUCUGAAUCAGCCUGCCAUGUCUACUCCUGCUAGACGACGACUCAUGAGGGAUUUCAAACGGCUCCAGGAGGAUCCUCCAGCUGGUGUGAGCGGAGCUCCAUCUGAGAACAACAUCAUGGUGUGGAACGCGGUCAUAUUUGGACCUGAGGGAACACCUUUUGAAGACGGUACGUUCAAACUGACUGUGGAGUUUACAGAAGAAUAUCCCAAUAAACCUCCGACUGUGAGAUUCGUCUCGAAGAUGUUCCAUCCAAACGUGUAUGCCGACGGAAGUAUUUGCCUGGACAUCCUUCAGAACCGUUGGAGUCCGACGUACGACGUGUCUUCCAUCCUGACCUCCAUUCAGUCUCUUCUAGACGAGCCGAACCCCAACAGCCCCGCUAACAGCCAGGCGGCUCAGCUGUACCAGGAGAACAAGCGGGAGUACGAGAAGAGGGUGUCUGCCAUUGUGGAGCAGAGCUGGAGAGACAGUUGACCCCCUUACACACACACACACACACACCAUCAUCUAUGACACUCACCUCCUGUUUCCCUCACUGUUUAACAGAACAGAAAUAUUUACUCUCUCUCUGGUUUGUUUUUAAGUUUUUUUAUGCACUUUACUUCGUACAGGAUCGUGGUUUUGUGUUCUUGUGCACGAUCGAGUGAGAGAACCCUGCACGUCUCAUUUCCGUCCAUUUCUGAUACACACACACACACAUUCCCUGAAUAAAAAAAACACUGAUGCUGAGAGGUGAAGAAUGAAAUACCAUUAUAAAAAAAGUCAGUAUUUCGGGAUAUGAUCUAUAUUAUAUAUACAGUCUUUUUUUCCUCGUCUCUGGUGUCGUAAGCUAUUCUGUGCAUGAAUGCCUGCGUGUGUGUGCGUGUGUGUGUGUGUGUGUGGUCCAGCAAGCUUGUAUAUAAGACACAUGACGGAUUAUACAUGUACAGAUUUUGCACUGGCUGUCAGUUGUUUUCUUUUUCCAGCACUUGUAAAUAACGGAAAUAAUAAAAAUACAAAAAAUGCUGAGAACCCCAAGACGUGAGGUGGGUUUUUAUUUUUUUUUGUGGUCUCACCACACCUCCAUCUUUUUCCCUUUCGCACCACAAACACGAGGCUGGAUGUCCAGAUCACUACGUCCUGACCGACGCGAGGAAAGCGAUGGAACUCUGUGUGAUAUAAGGAAUAAACACGCUCUGAACGUGAACUCUGUGUAACCGUAAAUGGAUUUAUUACAGUGUUCUGUAAUAAAUAAAAUGUUUAAAUUAGA